AGAGAGAGAGAGAGAGAGAGAGAGAGAGAGAGAGAGAGAGAGAGAGAGAGAGAGUCGGUCCAAGCCUUAAUCCUUUCUCUCCUAUGGCAAUUCCCCAUCAUCUUCUAUCCUUUUGUCCUCUGUCUUCCGAUUAACUCUGAACCAAGAAACCAAAUAACCAAUCACCUUCAACUCGUCCUUGUUCUGGUCGUCGCUCUUCUUCUUCUUCCUCGCCGUUACCGGCGUAUAAAAGCAACAACCCUUGGCCUAUUCACACAACAGCUGGCCACAAGCAGUAGUCCCUUCCCACGCUUUGAGAGUGCCCUGCUGCGGCUGUCUGCCUGCCGCUCUCGUCGUCGUCGUCCUCCAUGGGCCUCUUCAGCUCGCCAGCGAAGGUCUACAAGCCGGCCGCCGAUGUCGACCUCGGCCCCGGCAGCGACGAGUUCUACAUCAGCCCCAAUGUCAAAGCUCCUCGAGUUGCUGGGCUCCUGGUGAAGAUAUUCGUGUGGAUCCUGGAGAUGCCGAUCAUCGGGCAGAUUGUACUCUACAUCCUGAAGAAGGACAAUCUCAUCAACAAGCUGGUAUCUGACGCCGACAUCCCGGAGCCGCCGCUGUUCACGGCAACCCACAACUGGGAAGACAUUCCGGAGCAGAACGUGGUGCUGACCAAGCCCGACCUGUCGGCGGCCGAGCGGGUCCAGGAGGCCGUCGGCUGCCUCCCGGCGCGGCUGGAAGCCACGCUCGCCGGCGACGAGCCGUCGUUGGGCCUGAAGCGGUGGACGAUCCGGGACUUCUACGACGCGUACAGCUCGGGGGAGACGACUCCUGUUCAGGUGGCGACGAGGUUCCUGGCGGCGGUGAAGGAGAGCUCGGGGCCUGGCCUGAACAUGGCCUUCUUCAUCAGCUGCGCCCCCGAGGACGUGAUGAGGCAGGCCGAGGAGUCCACCCUGAGAUACCAGAGAGGUGCGCCGCUGUCGGCGCUUGACGGCGUGCUGGUGGCGGUCAAGGACGAGAUCGACUGCGCGCCGUACCCGACGACGGGCGGGACGCGGUGGCUGGGCGCGGCACGGCGGUGCCAGGCGGACGCGGCGUGCGUGGCGCAGCUGCGGGCCUGCGGCGCCGUCCUCGCCGGCAAGGCCAACAUGCACGAGCUCGGCGCCGGCACCAGCGGCAUCAACCCGCACCACGGGUCCACGAGGAACCCGUACAACGCCGGCAAGAUUGCCGGCGGGUCCUCCAGCGGCUCCGCCGCCGUCGUCUGCGCCGGCCUCUGCCCCGUCGCCCUCGGCGUCGAUGGUGGCGGUUCUGUCCGGAUGCCGGCGGCGCUGUGCGGCGUCGUGGGGUUCAAGCCCACCGCCGGCCGCCUCUCCAGCGCCGGGGUGCUUCCGCUCAACUGGACGGUCGGGAUACCCGGGAUCUUGGCGGGGACGGUGGAGGACGCCGUCAUCGCAUACUCGGCGAUCGUCGAUCAGUCCCAGCCAUCCUAUUUACGGCCUGAACUGAAUCUGCCUCAGCUCAAGUCCAGCCUGUCCAUCAACAACAUCAAACUAGCGAAAUACGCAAAGUGGUUCAACGACAGUGCCGAGGACAUCAGGAGCUGCUGCGACAAGGCUCUCAAGACGCUGCAGGCGCACUACGGCUGGCAGACCGUGGAUGUGACCAUUCCUGAGAUCGAGGAGAUGCGGCUGGCGCACUACGUCACCAUCGGGUCCGAGUGCACGACGUCGCUCGCCAAAUACCUCGACAAGCUGAAGAGGUCUGAGAUCGGCUGGGACGCCAGGGUCGCGCUGAGCGUCUACGGUUCCUUCAGCAGCAGAGCCUACCUGAACUCGCAAAGACUUAGGAACCGGCAGAUGUACUUCCACAAGGAGAUCUUCAAGACCGCCGACGUGAUCGUCUCACCGAUGACCGGUGUGACCGCCUACACGCUGCAAGACGACGCGUUCGACACUGGGGAGCUGGACUACAUAAACGGAGCCGCGCUGGUCCGCUACUCCAUCGCAGGGAACUUCCUGGGCCUGCCGGCCAUCACCGUCAAGGUCGGGUACGACAAGGGCGGGCUCCCCAUCGGGCUCCAGUUCAUCGGCCGGCCGUGGUCCGAGGCGACCCUGCUCCACAUCGCGUUCGCGAUGCAGGAGGCCUGCGCCAAGUGCUACAAGAAGCCGGUGGUGUUCUACGAUCUCCUCAAGAAGGAGUGACGGCGACCGACGAGCGCAGAGAGGAUCUCCAGCUCCGCCCGUUUUGAUCCUGCUUGUGUCCCUUGUAGAGCCUUCGCCUGGAUCAUGGAUGGAUGCCUUCAAUUGGAGUGGUAAACAGGGAGCCGGCGCGACUGUGCAUCCAAUCCAGGCGGAGGAUUGUACUGCGAGAUUGUUCUUGUUUAGCGUAGAGAAUGUUUUUGUCCGGGGCGAAGCUAGAGCGAAACCGAGGGGGUGUGCCACUUUACCACAAAAUUCGAAGAUCUCUAUAUUUUAGCAAAGUCAGUCAUCGCGAUGACUAGUAAAUGGUCGUAUAGAUAUUAUGGAUUAUUUUUUUGCCGGGAAUUUUGUCUUAGAGUUUCAAAUUUCAGUCAAUACUUUAGCCCAAUUUUAGAACAAUCGAUCAAAAUUUUUCAUGCUUUAUUUGUAAUUUCACUAGAAUUCCGCUAAUGGAAACCAUAAGCAUUGUGUGGAGUUGUAUGGCA